AAGUGUCGUCUUUCAGGAAAACAAAUCCACACGAAAUUAGUAUUUUAGAAACCUAUUUUUAGUUUAGAGAGUUUAAUAAAUUUCAUAUCGCUUUAUUUUAAUAUUUGCGUCAUAAUAAGUCACAAUGGGAAGAAAAUCACAUUCAAAGCAAUCUGCUAAGAAAAGCUCUGGGAAAGAAAAUAAUAAAUUAAGUCAGAAUAUUCGAAAAGAGCUUGCGGUGUACGUGGAUAAGUUGCUUAAAUUAACUAGCGUGUUCCAAACUACGGUUAAUUUAACGAAGAGUUGGGAGCAUCACAAUGACAUUGAGGCGAUUCUGGGAGAAAUUAGGAAUAUUGAAUAUCCAAUUAACAGCCACAAGGUAUCGAAGUCACGGCAGUCACGCAAAGACAACUUCUUUAGUUGGCUGAGCGAAAAUGGGGCGGCAUUUGAAGGCAUUGACAUCCAAGAGUUCGAAGGCUACGAUCUUGGCCUGGUUGCGAAGAAGGAGUUCAAAGAAGGCUCGCUGGUGCUGACGGUGCCUCGGAAGCUGAUGAUGACUGAGCAGGAUGCCCGGGACUCUGCCCUAUCUGAGUUCAUAGCUGUAGACCCGUUGCUUCAGAACAUGCCAAAUAUUACAUUGGCAUUGUUUUUGUUACUUGAAAAGAAUAAUCCAGAAUCAUUCUGGAAACCUUACAUUGAUGUGUUACCUGAGAAAUAUUCUACAGUUCUAUACUUUACCCCUGAAGAACUACUGGAAUUGAAGCCAUCUCCAGUCUUCGAGUCUUCACUGAAAUUAUAUAGGAGCAUCGCCAGACAGUAUGCCUACUUCCAUAACAAGAUUCAUACAUUGGACUUGCCAGUCUUAAAAAGCCUCCAAGAAAUAUUUACGUAUGAGAACUACAGAUGGGCAGUGUCCACGGUAAUGACUCGUCAGAACAACUUGGAGCAGUCAACCACGGACACGACCGCGUUCAUUCCUCUAUGGGACAUGUGCAACCAUGAGCAUGGCAAGAUAACAACAGAUUUCAACAAGGAGCUGAACCGAGGCGAAUGCUACGCGUUACGGGACUUCAAACCGGGCGAACAAAUCUUCAUCUUCUACGGGGCUAGGCCUAACGCUGACCUCUUUCUACAUAACGGUUUCGUGUACCCAGACAACCAGCAUGACAGCCUCUCCCUUGCCCUCGGUGUUAGCUCAAGCGACCCUCACCGGGACACCAGAGUAGCCCUACUCAGCAGAUUGGGGCUCUCCGGUGUCACUCACUAUAGCUUGUACCGUGGAGACAGCCCUAUCAGCGCCGAGCUGCUGGCUUUCAUUAGGAUAUUCAAUAUGAAUCAAGACGAACUGACAAAGUGGUCGAACCACGGGCUACCCGGCGACCUAGUGUCCACGGAAGCGAGCAGCGCGGCCGCGGUGGGCGCGGAGCUGGACCGCCGCGCCUACACGUACCUGCUCACCCGCUGCGGACUCAUCAAGGCCAUGUACAGGAAUAAAGAUACCACCGAUAACACGCACACCAAAAACAUCAAACUGCUGAAGCAAUGUGAAGUGCAAAUUUUAGUCGGUGCCAUAAAUUACUUGGAAACCGAACUACAGAAGCUAUCCGCCGCCAACAAUUGAGACAGGUACAUAUCGACGAUGUUUUUAAGGUACCUCACGUGCAAUCCUUAUUUUUAAGGUACCUCACGUGCAAUCC